AUGAUCUUCAACAAUAUCUAUGCGUCGCUCUCCUCACCCAACCUUGUGCUUUCGCUGGUGAAUGGCAAUCCAAACAAUACCUCUAAUAAUAAUAAUAAUAAUAAUAAUAAUAAUAAUAAUAAUAAUAAUAAUAAUAAUAAUAAUAAUAAUAAUAAUAAUAAUAAUAAUAACACCAAUAAUAACACCAAUAAUAACACCAAUAAUAGUACCAACAACAAUAAUAAUAAUCCUACUUCUUCUUCUCGUUCUCCUUCUUCUUCUUCUGGCAAACUUCGAAGACCUAAUAGCCACGAGUAUGAGGACCUUCUCAAGCAAAAGACCACGAUCUCUGAUAUCCUUGCCAGGGCGUCCGACGUGAUCAUCAGCAACAAGAUCACCCCGAAGACCGAGUACCGGGGGUUUGCGAUCCACUUACUCUCGAUUUGUUUCUUGGUGAUCUGGUUAACUUGGUCGUUGGUGCCACGAGGGUGGUUCAACAGCGUGGGGAUUUAUUAUUAUCCCGAUCGAUGGUGGCAACUCGCGAUUUCCAGCUACGUGCUUGUGGUGAUGGGGUUCAUUUACGUUGGGCUCGCGUUGUACAACAUCGAAGUGAUUUGUCGUCCAUUAGAUGAUUUGCGAAACAUUGUCGAUGAGCACGCGGUGGUGAGUAGCUCGUUUGAUUAUCAAUUGAAGAAACAGUUGCUGGGCAACGAUGAUCUGGUGAUUGAUUUAGACGACGAGCGGUACUUGUGGACCAGUACCAGCGGGGUAUGGGAUUUACCAAUCACUACGGUAUCGAAGAUUUUAUAUUCUGAUUAUGAUAAUUAUCAACCGAAAUGA